CGCCAUGGACAAGAGCCACACAGUGAAGCUCUUCGUGGGCAACCUGGCGUUGGACACCACCCAGGAGGAGCUGUCGGCCAUCUUUGAACCCUACGGCCAGGUGGUUAGCUGCAGUGUGUUGCGACAGUUUGCCUUCGUCCACCUGCAGGGUGAGGGUGCGGCGGAGCGAGCCAUCCGGGAGCUCAAUGGACGCGAGUUUCGUGGACGGAAUUUGGUAGUGGAGGAGUCGAGGGGUAGGCCGUUGCACUCCACCAAGGUGUUUGUGGGUAAUCUGAGUGGGAUGUGCACCACAGAGGACCUACAGCAGCUGUUCCAGACAUUUGGAAAAGUUCUUGAGUGUGAUAAAGUCAAAGCCAGGCAUUCCUCUUCCGCAGGCUAUGCCUUUGUCCACAUGGAAAACAAGGAAGACGCGCUCCAGGCCAUCGAGGCCCUGCAUGGCACCUCGUUUAAGGGCCGCCCCCUGUCUGUAGAGCUAUCCAAGGUCCAGCCUAGCAAGCAAGCACCUACAGGAAAAAUCCCCUGUGUUAACUGUGGAAAGCAGGGCCACUAUGCGGGAGAGUGCCCUGUGGGAAAGCCUUCUUUGGAGCAGUACCAGAGUCAGGCAGCGGUCCUGGCCGCCGCCGCCGCUGCAGCCGCCGGCCUGCCACUACAGGUCCAACAAAGCGUGCACAAUUCAGUCUACAACACCUCCACGUUUGAUCCCACGUAUGCGGCUCUCACUGGGAUCACCACAGGCACACGCACUGAUGGAAACCCAGUGAAUCCAGCGGUUUAUGGUGCCCUUGCCAGCCAGGUGUAUGGUGCUAAUGUUGCCAGUCAGCUUUAUGGAACGGUGGCCAAUCAGGCAGCUCUGACAUCAGGCGCCACCCAAAUGUACAGCACGAUGACUCCCAACAUCUAUGGCCAGAUGGCUGCAAAUGCCGCUGCUGCCUACUCACCUCAAGUUUAUACCCCAACUAUGGCCAACUCCCACGUCUAUCUGACUGCAGCUCAUGGAAUAGAAAUGCAGACAGCGGCAGCUGCAGUCAACCCUGCCUACACUGUAUCUCCAGCAAUUUAUGGUGCUGGCGCACCAGCCUACGCUCAUAUAAGCGCCAUGGGAGCAGCGGACCCUACUACAGCCAUCUUUGAGGCAGCCAGACAGGCACAUUACUUUGCCCAGGGCCAACAGGUAAUGGCUGACCAGCAGACGGUGGCUGCCGCAGCAGCAGCGGCUGUGGCAAAGUCUGGUGAGAGGGACCGUAGUCCCCUACGGAGGUCAGUACCUCUGCUUCCAGACCCAGUGAUGAAGCCGUUCAUGUACCAGAGAGCCAAGCCGCGCCGACCCCUACUCCCUACGCCAGCUGGCCGAGCGGCAGAAGAGGCUGCAGAGGCGGCAGAGGACCCCAUGGCCAGGUACUAUGCGGAGUACUACCAGCAGCUGCAGCAGUACCCCCAGUUCCAGUAUGCCUACCCACCACCGAGCGCAGUGACCGCCAUCGCUGGCAUGCCGGGAGUGUCAGCAGUCCCUACUGUUUCCGCGAUGUCCGCCCAGUCCGUAGCUGCGCUGGAAGCCCUCAGGCCAGUGGUUCCCACCGCUGCGGCAAUGGCAGCUGCCAUGGCUGCGCCAAGGGUGUAUGAGCCGCCGUUGCCGCCGCCCACGCGCAAGGAGGCCAUCCUCCGCCGCCCCGAACUCUCCCUUCACACGCCUGAGCCCCCCUUCCGAUAGUCGCACACAGCUCUCUGCUCCCAUCCCUCCCUCUUUGCCCUGAACCCCGUCCCCCUUCUCCUCUUCCACCCCAAACCUGACCAUCUUACAGCAGCUGUGUGUGUGUGUGUGUGUGUGUGUGUGUGUGUGUGUGUGUGUGUGUGUGUUGGUGUGUGUGUGUGUGUGUGUGUGUGUGUGUGUGUGUGUGUGUGUGUGUGUGGAUUUGGGGGAAGUGUAAAGGAUGGGGAUUGAAGGGGGGGGCUUCUUAGUUUAUUAACCUGCUUUACAAGGGACUUGGUCAGCUAACCUUGGUCCUGUUUGUAUACACACAGUGCAGCCAUGUAAGGGCUCUCAUCUGUUUUAAGGGCAUUCUUUAUGCUUCUCAGUUUUACGUUUUUAUUGUGCCAGUCUCACACUUGUGCCAGUAUUAGACUGACCCAGUCAGUCGUUUCAUAUGCCUUUAUUUCCGCAACCCAGUUAUGGUUUUCUAUGGCCAAAUCUAUGAUAAAAGACAUUGAUUUUUAUCAGCCAUCCUCCUUAGGCCUAGAUGAUCAGUUAGGGCAGCUAAUUUGAAACCUUUUUUGCCUUAUGUUGGUGAAAAUGUAAUCAGAUGGGAAGUCAUAUAAACACAUAUUGUGCACUGGCUGCAUUGCAUUGUUUCCAAUAGAACCAAGGUUGACGUGUUUUGGGGGGAGGGGUGUUGAAUGUGUGAUGUGGAUGUAGUAAGUGUGAAAGGGAGAGAUAUGUGCGAGCUCCUAACCUUGCAGCGCACAAAUCCAGCAGCUUAGACUGCACCUAGCAGAAAAACAAAACAAAACAUAAAGCACACAUAAUACAUACUGUACUGUAUGUUUGGAUCUCUCCUUGACCCCUUUUCCCCACCUGUACUCUAACUACAACACUCGAAGACACUGCUUCACCUCUCUUUCCAACUACAGUUGACUACCUCUGAUAAUAAAUUUCAACGUAGAGUCUAUUCUAUUGUAUAUCACACUUUUCACCCAGUCAGCAGUUUAUUCCUGCUCCCCGCAAAGACACAGGGUCAGCAGUUUAGUGAGGGAGGAGCUGGGUUUCAGUGACAAUGACUUUUUGUAGAUAUUCUGUAAUAAGUCCUCCAGAGGCCUUUAAAAAAAAAAAAAUUGUGUAUUUGUUUUGUUUGUUUUAGUGUAGCUUACAUGUAAUACAAGUCAACCUGGGGUGUAAUGAAUUGUAAAUGGAAAA